CAAACAUACUACCUUACGCAUACAAUCAUCUAUCAUCAUCACAAAAUGGAAAUCAUACUACGUGCUCUGUUCGUGUUGAUUUUAAUCCAUUUUGGUCUUGUAAACGGCCAAAUCUUUGAUGUGCUUAAAUAUGGUGCUAAGGGUGAUGGUACUACCGAUGAUUCAAAGGCUUUUGUUGACGCAUGGAAAGCUGUGUGUGGUAACGGUGGGAAUAAUAAAACACUCCUUAUUCCUUCAGAUAAUACAUUUUUACUACAACCUAUAGUGUUUCAAGGCCCUUGUAAAUCGCCUUCUGUACAAGUUCAGUUUAAUGGAAAUAUCGUUGCCCCUAAGAGUAAAGCAGAAUGGUCAGAUUAUAAGAACUUAUCAUGGGUUGGUUUUAAGGACAUAAUUGGUUUGACGGUCACUGGUUCGGGAACAAUCAAUGGACGUGGUUCUUCUUUCUGGAAGCCAAAAUUGCCAGCUUCUAAACGGCCUUCUCAAUUGCAUUUUCGAAAAUGCAAUAAUCUCCAUAUAAAUGGAAUAACCUCAGUCAAUAGCCCAAAAAACCAUAUUUCGAUCAACCAAUGCAAAAACGUUGAAAUAUCGAACAUAAGGCUUAUUGCUCCCGAUGAGAGUCCUAACACCGAUGGAAUUAAUCUCUCAAUAUCAAGCGAUGUAAAUAUAUUCGACACUGUCAUUGAAACUGGAGAUGAUUGUGUAGCUCUAAACAAUGGAAGUGUAAAUAUCAACAUCACAAGGAUGACUUGUGGUCCUGGGCAUGGAAUAAGUGUGGGGAGUCUAGGAAGAGAUGGAGAAGAAUCUAUGGUUGAGAACGUCCAAGUAACUGAUUGCACUUUCAAUAGGUCUGAUAAUGGAGCUAGAAUUAAAACAUGGCCGAAUGGAAAAGGAUAUGCAAGAAAUAUAGUUUUUAAGGGCAUCAACCUCAUCGAAACAAAAAAUCCGAUUAUAAUCGACCAAAAUUAUGUUGACAAGGGGCGUCUCGAUGUGGAGGAAUCAGCAGUGGCAAUUAGCAACAUAACAUUCGCAGAUAUCCAUGGAACAUCAAAACGCGAUGAGAUUGUUAAAAUAGAUUGCAGCAAAGUCACAUAUUGCAAAGACAUCGUUCUAGAGCAAAUCGAUAUUAGUACGGUUGAUGGAAAUAAGCCCGUAGUUGAAUGCAUUAACGUAUAUGGAAAGGCGAACAAUGCUAGCGAGAUUGUUGGUUGCUUCAAGGAGCAGUAAUCUA